AUGAUGAGAUGGAGCUUAGAACACAGAGAUGCAGAACAGCUGACUCUGCUCUGGAUGUUACUAAUUACUUCCGUCCCUAAAAAUGCAGCCAUCUAUGACCAAGAAGGACAUGAAACAGGAAGUCAUGACAAGCCUUCACUGUCUGCCUGGCCAAGCCCUGUAGUUCCUAAAGGACAGCAUGUGGAAAUUCAUUGUGACUCUAAUAAGCAUAAUACAUCCAGGCUGUACAAAGAACAUGGAGAACCUUUCCCUCAGAUCCAUGACAGAAUAUUCCAAAAGAGACUUCUCCUGGGUCCUGUGACACAAGCAUAUGCAGGUACCUACAGAUGCUAUGAUUAUAAUAGUCAAUGUCCUAGUGAACUCUCAUCACACAGUGACCCUCUGGAGAUCAUAAUUUCAGGAAUCUACAGGAAUCCUUUCCUAUUGGUCCUAUCAACUCCCCUGGUAAAAUCAGGAGAGAAGAUGACCCUAGAGUGUCGUUCAGAGAUUAUGUUUGACACUUUCAUUUUGACUUCUCAUAGAAAGCAAAUAAUCAAUGGCUCUUUCCAGCUUCCUGCAGGAUCUUAUCAUGGGGGUUCCCAUGCCAUCUUCUCAAUAGGUCCUGUGACACCUGACCAUGCUGGUGUUUACAUAUGCUAUGGUUCUUAUAACAAAACACCAUAUGAGUGGUCUGAAUCCAGUGACCCUGUUGACAUAAUGAUCACAGGUUUGUACAAGAAACCUUCUCUGUUAGCCACGAGGGGUCCUGUGGUGAUGUCAGGAGAGAACAUAACCUUGUCCUGCACCUCUGACCAUCAGUUUGACAUGUUCCAUCUGUUCAUGGAAGGGGUGCCUCAGGGACAUGGGCUGUCUGCAGAGCAGAGCCACAGUGGGACAUUCCAGGCCAACUUCCUACUUGUUACUAUGAACCAGUCUGGGACUUAUAGGUGCUAUGGCUUUUUCAGGAACUCUUCCCAUGUAUGGUCAUCCCCAAGUGACCCACUGCACAUUUCUGUCACAGAAUUUAUUGGAGUCUAUGUCUUUGACUCCACAUCUUCUCACCCCCUGCCCUCGGGGAAAUGGGGAUUGCACAACUGGCAGCAACAACUACAAACUGGUGCCCAGCAUGAAUGGACUUCUUCCAUUGCUUACUUCUUUGGGUCUCUUUUGGGCAUUUUUCUUUCUUGUUUGCUGCCCUGGCUGCUGUCUCCAUCCCAACUCUCUGCCAUCAUCCUGAGGUUGCCCCCUUUGGCUGUUUUCGGAACUCUACAUUGUGAUUUAGUUCAUCCCAGUACCUCCAUGUAA